AUGGUGCUGUGUGCAGCUCACCCUCAUCAUUGGCCCGAUCUCUCCAAGUAUAAGCUGCUUAUCAUUCAAACGGCUCGUCAUUUUUCUAGUUCAGCUUGGUUAGAGUAUGACCUGGCGUUCAGAAAGGAUGCAGCUGCCUCUGGCCUCAGUGACUGGUCAAGGAUGAACUUAGACCUAUACAACUUUCACUUAAGGUCUCCAGCCAUGGCCUCACCCCCGCCACCUUGGUCGUCUUCUUCCACGGCAUCAUCUCCACUUCCUGCCGCCCUCCGUGACACCAGCGUGGUCCCUCCUUUUUGCCAUUCAUGGAAUGACGGGCAGUGCCGCUGGCCCUUUGGUAGGUGCAAAUAUCGACACCGCUGCAGUAACUGUGAGGGUGAACACACCCAGAUCAAUUGUCCAUUUCCCAACUCCUCUAGCGCACGAUCCUGAUCUCCCCAACCCGGGGGAAGAGGGGGACGGUACUGAAUGGGCAGUUUUGCCCGGUGAGGCUUGUGUACAUAGUGUAAAUAGUUCUGUUGCGUCGUCAAGGGGGCAGCGUGAUCUGCGUUCCUCUGUGAAGCCGUCUUGUUCUGUUACAGUUCCAGUUAGUAUACCCAGCGUUGCAGUUUCGGUUCAUUCUUUCUCGCCAUUAGCCCCAGCCUCCCAGGUCUCUCCAUUACGGUUGGCUCAAUUUCAGACAGAGCUGCAGCAUCAUCCUGACCAGGCAGCAGUGGCCUAUGUGUUGUCCGGAUUACGUGAGGGUUUUCGUAUUGGCUUUGAGUCGUCCAUGGUCAAUCUGAAGUCCGCUUCUUCGAACAUGCGUUCCUCCUUCGAGCACCCAUUUGUGAUAGACUCCUACUUGCAGACCGAAGUUUCCUCCGGCAGGGUGGCUGGCCCCUUUUCAGCCCCUCCUUUUCCUUCUCUACACAUCAGCCGCUUUGGGGUCAUUCCCAAGAACAAUCAACCGGGCAAAUGGCGUCUCAUCCUUGACCUCUCCUCUCCUGUUGGGCACAGCGUGAACGAUGGCAUUCCCAAGCCUCCCUUCACAGUGCAGUAUGUUUCAGUCGAUGCAGUUAUUGAGGGCAUCAUGGCGUGGGGUCGCGGAACACUAAUGGCUAAGUUUGAUGUGGCCAGUGCAUACCGGAAUGUGGCUAUCCAUCCCGACGAUCGCCCCUUGCUGGGGAUGCAGUGGCGUGGGAAGUACUUUGUCGAUCUGGUUCUCCCGUUUGGGUUGCAUUCAGCGCCAUUUAUUUUCUCUUCUAUUGCGGACCUGGUUGAAUGGAUCUUGGUUCAUAAUUAUGGCGUGGACUUCCCACGCCACUACCUGGAUGACUUUUUUUACCCUUGGUCCACCGUCAUCCCCGCUCUGCCACUUCUAUUUACUUACCUGUGUUCGCCUUUUGCGAAAGGCUUGGUCUCCCCUUCAUCCUGACAAGGUAGAGGGACCGACGACUUGCUUAACUAUCCUCGGAUUGAACUCGACUCCGAUAGGCUUGAGGCUCGCCUGCCCACGGAUAAAAGAGACCGGAUUGUUGCCUUACUUGAAGAGUGGUCCACAAAGCGUUUCUGUAAGAGGCGGAGUUGGAAUCCUUGAUUGGCCACCUCCAUCAAGCCUGCAAGGUCGCCCCCACAAGGGAGGACUUUUCUUCGCCGGAUGAUUGACUUGCUUUGUGCCUUCCGCCUGGACGAUCACCCCAUCAGGCUAAACCAAGAAUUCCGUCGGGACCUUACCUGGUGGCGGGAGCUUUUUUCAAACCUGGGAUGGCCUCAGUUUCUUUUGCAUGCCCACGUGGGCGCCCGUCCCGGUUUCCAAGUCUCGUCCGGAUGCUGCAGGGUCACUGGGCUAUGGGGCUAUUUUUAACACCAAGUGGUUUUGCGGCGCUUGGUCUAUGGAGCAACGGUCGUUAUCGAUUGCGUGCAAGGAGCUCUUCCCCAUCGUUGUAGCCGCCGCCUUAUGGGGUUCUCAGUGGGGCUCUCGGCGGGUCGAGUUCCUGUGCGACAAUGAGUCAGUGGUGGCUGUACUUAAGUCUGGCACUUCACGGGACCACCUCUUGCUCGUCAUUUAUCCUUGCUGGCUAUCGCCACUCAUUUAUGUUCUGGCGUCUUCAGUUCACGGCUUGGCCAAUCCAGUAGCUGACUCCCUCUCACGCUUUCAAUUUCAGCGUUUUUAAAUAGUCUGGCACCUCAAGCCGACCUGACUCCUGUGUGAUUCCAGUCGCUGCUGGCCGCACUCCAGGCGUGUUGACCCAGAAGUGUCAGUUUCUGCUCUCCCAGGGACUUGCGCCCUCCACUCGGCGUGUUUAUCUCUCUGCUCAGCGUCGCUAUAUUGAUUUUUUGCCGCCGGGAUGGUCGCCUUUAACAGCGAUGGCUCCUUCCCUCCUGCCGAUGAGGAGACUCUCAUGCGCUUUGCUUCACUCUUGGCCGACAACUUGA